AUGCUCCCAUCCUGCGACGUCGUCACUCAAUACGGCAUGAGGCUUAACGGUGCAAUUCUCGACUAUCACGACAUGAUGUCAUUCUGCGAGAUGCGCAGACGCUCUUUCCUAACGCCCAAACCCCAAAGCGUCACGCCACCGCCCGAAAGACUUGCACCGUCCAGGGCUGAUCCAGGUGCAUCAACCUCCUCGUCCGGUGUCGCCUGGACUUCCUGGUCCGAUGCCGAGGAUGGUGAUCGCCCAACAUCCGACAACAACCCAAUAACUGAUGUUGCGUCCGCGACACCUGAUCCUUGGGCUGUCGACAACAACGAUGUUGAGGAUAUUAUCGAGGCCGCCGCUCGAAAACUUUCAGAAAAACCUGGUCCGACAUCAUGGUUGCAGGAGUUCUCCCCGACCUUUUUUGCUUAUCGCGCCCUGUUUAAAGUCGCUCCCAAUUUUCACGGAGGUCGGCUAAACAAACGGCUGGUGCAGACCGAGUGCCCCGAUCCCUUUGUCGGCCCAGAUGGCCCAGCGCCCAAGGGCACCGUCGCCGUUAGGUGUACAGCUAAAACUGCAGGAGGCGCAGUGCAGCAUUAUUUUAUUCCCGGAAACGAUCUCACCCCCGCUGAUCCCCGCAAGAAAGGACAAGAAUGUUUUAUUUUGGAUGGGUCGUAUCGGGGCAAUAUCUUAAUUGUGUCUAAAUGUAACGCUAAGGCCAGUAAUGUAGACUUGAAGUUGAUGCGUGACUCUAGCGUCAGCGUCAAUCUUCAUUUCGAUCAAGUUUGCGUUGUAGAGCCUACACAGGCGUAA